UUCUAUAUAAAUUGGCAGCCCAGCUCCCGUGGCUGCCCUCAUCUCCUUCAUCGAACCUUCUUCUCUCUGAUUUCCUCCUCUGCUCACUGAUUGGUUUCUGGGAUUUGGAGCAAUGUACAUGAACGCAGGAGAACUGGAAGCUACUAGCCUCCCGGUGGACGCCAGACUUGUUCUCACCUCCGAUCCCAAACCUCGGCUGCGGUGGACGGCGGAGCUCCAUGAUCGCUUCGUCGAUUCCGUCACGCAGCUCGGAGGCCCUGACAAAGCAACCCCAAAGGCCAUAUUGAGGAUAAUGAAUGUAAAAGGACUUACACUCUACCAUUUGAAGAGUCAUCUUCAGAAAUACAGAAUGGGGAAGCAAUUAUCAAAAGACCUUGAAGGCCCUAAUGAUGACCUCCUCCUGCAGCCAAACCUUUCUCUGCUUGCAGUCUUCCUGGAACUUAGUCCGAAUCUCUUAGCCGCAUUCUGUAGGAGCAGCGUUAACAUAUCUUUAAUUGUAUUCUCGCUGCGUCCCUGUCGGAAGCCUCCUAUGUAUGGACAUCUCUGCGGACCUUCCGAAUGGAAGCAUAGAGCUCGCAACAAUCUCCAGUCGCUGAAAUCGGUGAAGCACUGCAAGCAGUAG